AUGACUAUCCGCCAUCUUGUCAACCCCUCUCGCCCUAUACUUAGGCCCUUACUCUUUACUCAAAAACAGCACCGCUUCAUAUCCCAAUCACCCAUCAUCAUGGCACCCCGUAUAUCCGAGGCAAUCAAGACCGAUCACCGCGAGAUCGAAGACUACUACAACAAGAUCCUAAGCUCUGCUACCGAGACUGAGAAAACCAAAUGGCAGAACCAAUUCACCUGGGAACUGGCCCGUCAUUCAAUAGCCGAGGAGCUGGUCGUCUAUCCCCAGUUCGAGAAGUCCCUUCCUGACGGCCUGGCUAUGGCAGAUAAGGACCGCAAGGAGCAUCAAUCUGUCAAAGAACAACUGAAGAAAUUCCAAAACAUGAAACCCACGGACCCGGCAUUCGAGUCUACUGUCCGGGCUUUGAUGAAGGAUCUGUCCGAGCACAUCAAGGAAGAAGAGACUCAGGAUCUACCGAAGCUGGAAGACGCCGUGUCGGUAGAGGAAAGCGAGAAGCUUGCCAAGUCCUUUGGAAGGACGAAGAUGUUUGUGCCUUCGCGGUCUCAUCCCAGUGCGCCUGAUAAGCCGCCUUUUGAGACGGCAAUUGGUUUGUUGACGGCCCCGAUUGAUCACCUCGCGGAUCUGUUUCGGAAGUGGCCGCAUACGGAGGGGAUGCCGAAUCCUUCUACUAAGUGA